AUGAUACAAACUGGAUAAUAAAAUAUUACUUAUAGUUUUCAUGAUGAAUUUGAUAAUCUAGUUAAGGAAAAAAGAUAGGAAGAAUUCAGUUAGAAAAAAUUAUUUGACCAAAUAGGUUAAAUAUAAUACUCAUGA